AUGGGUAAAUUGGAUGGUAAAGUUGCUCUCAUUACUGGUGGUUCAGAAGGGAUUGGGUUCGCUACUGCCCAGCGUUUUAUUGCCGAAGGUGCAGAACAUGUAUUCAUCACUGGGCGUCGACAAACAGCACUUGAUGAAGCUGUGAAUAAGAUUGCUGCAAAAAAUGUUACUGCAGUACAAGGUGAUACAUCAAAUAUGACUGACCUUGAUAAAUUGUUCAGUAUCAUACAAAAAGAAAAAGGUCGUUUGGAUAUUAUUUUUGCCAAUGCAGCCACUUGUUCGUUUGCAAAACUUGGCACGAUUAGUGAAGAAUAUUUUGACAAUGUAAUUAAUGUCAAUGUUAAAGGCGUUUUAUUCACUAUUCAAAAAGCUUUACCACUGUUAGUUGAUGGUGCAUCGAUUAUUCUCAACGGAUCGAAUUCAUCAAACAAAGGCGAUCCUGAUUUGAGUGUGUAUUGUGCAUCAAAAGCAGCAAUCCGUUCCUUUGCUCGUUGUUGGACUGUCGAUUUGAAAGAACGAAAGAUUCGGGUAAACACUCUGAGUCCAGGUGCAGUCGACACUCCAUUAUUACGAAGUAUGGGAAAAAAUGAAGAAGAAAGUCAACGACUCAUUGCCGAAUGGAUAGCAGCAACGCCUAUAAAUCGAAUUGCUACACCGGAUGAAAUUGCUAAAGUCGCUGUUUUUCUUGCUUCAGACGAUAGCAGUUACGUGACGGGUAUUGAACUGUUUGCUGACGGUGGCCUCUCGCAAAUCUAA